AUGGUUGCUCGAUCUGUGGCUCUUCGAUCCCUCAGGGCAUCUGCUCGAGUCGCACCGCGUCUCGCUGUUGCCUCUGCUACUCCCAUCGUCGCUCGAGGAUUCGCUUCAUCUGCCUUCAUCAUGUCGCAGGGCAAGUUCCGUUCUGAAAAGGACACGUUUGGUCCCCUCCAGGUGCCCGCCGACCGCUACUGGGGCGCUCAGACCCAGCGAUCGCUCCAAAACUUUGACAUUGGUGGACCUCAAGAGCGCAUGCCCGAGCCGCUGAUCGAGGCCUUUGGUGUCCUCAAGAAGGCGGCUGCCACCGUCAACAAGUCAUUCGGUCUUGACCCCAAGGUCGCCGAUGCGAUUUGCCAGGCUGCCGACGAGGUGAUUGCCGGUAAGCUCCACAGCCACUUCCCCCUUGUUGUCUUCCAGACCGGUUCAGGUACCCAGACCAACAUGAACGUCAACGAGGUCAUCAGCAACCGUGCCAUCGAGAUCCUCGGCGGGGAGCUCGGCAGCAAGAAACCCGUCCACCCUAACGACCACGUCAACAUGAGCCAGUCGUCCAACGACACCUUCCCCACCGCCAUGCACGUCGCCUCGGUCACCCAGAUCACCAAGUCGCUCCUCCCCGCUCUUGAGGAGCUUCGCGCCGCGCUCGACGCCAAGCGCGCCGAAUUUGACGAUAUCAUCAAGAUCGGACGUACGCACUUGCAGGACGCGACGCCCUUGACGCUCGGCCAGGAGUUCUCUGGCUACGUAAAGCAGGUCGAGAACGGUAUCGAGCGCGUCAAGGCGGUUAUUCCUCGUCUUUCGCAGCUCGCCCAGGGUGGUACUGCUGUCGGAACUGGUCUCAACACCUACAUCGGUUUCGACAAGAAAGUCGCUGCCGAGAUCUCCAACAUCACCGGCUUGCACUUUGAGACCGCAGAGAACAAGUUCGAAGCGCUUGCAGCUCACGAUGCGAUCGUGGAAGCCAGCGGUGCUCUCAACACAGUGGCUGUGUCGUUGAUGAAAAUCGCUAACGACAUCCGAUACCUCGGCUCGGGACCUCGUUGUGGUCUGGGAGAGCUGAGCUUGCCCGAGAACGAACCGGGUUCGUCGAUCAUGCCAGGCAAGGUCAACCCCACGCAGUGCGAGGCGCUCACCAUGGUCGCUGCUCAGGUCAUGGGUAACAACACCACCAUCUCGGUCGCCGGCUCGUACGGUCAGUUUGAGCUCAACGUCUUCAAGCCGGUCUUGGUCAAGAACCUGCUCCAGUCCAUCCGUCUGCUCGCUGAUGGCGCUCGCAGCUUCACCAAGAACUGCGUCGUCGGUAUCGAGGCUAACAGGGACACGAUCAACAAGAUUCUCAACGAAAGUCUCAUGCUUGCUACCAUCUUGAACUCGCAUCUCGGCUACGACAAUGUCGCCGCGGCCGCUAAGAAGGCUCAUAAGGAGGGCACAAAGUUGGUCGACGCUACCGUCGCGUUGGGUUUCAUGACCGAGGAGGAGUUCAAAAAGAUCGUCAGGCCCGAGUUCAUGCUUGGUCCCACCGAGUACAAGGCCAAGAACUAA